AUGGACGAUCCGGACGGGUGGGACCUGAGCGACGGCGACGACGGCACCGAGCCCGCGCCCGUCGACCGUACACCCUCGGCCGACCACCCCACCGCGGACGACGACUUCGCGAGGGAGGUUUUAGCCGCGCAGGAGCGACGCGAAUCGGAGUCCCAGCGCCCCGACACCCUCGGUGAUCCGCCGUCCGAUGACGACGCGGACGACGACGACGCAGACGACGAGGACGACUCCGAGCAUCACGGCGGGUGGGACGACUUCAGCAUCAAGACCCCGUGGGAGCGCGCCGUCCACAACAUCGAGUCCGUCGUCCGCAGGUGGCUCCGUCUCUCCGACGAGGAUCUCGCGGCGCAAUCGUCGCGGUGCGCCAGGCCGGAGCACGGCGGCCGGGAUCUCCGAUGCCUCCGCACGCUGAUCCACCACAAGAUGGACCACUUUCGACCCGACCCGUACGCCGUCAUCCUCUACUACCCCAAGCACUCGCCCCCGAACGUCUUCCAUGAACGACGCGGGGACCGACCCGACGCCGUCGCAUCCCACGAAUCCUCCGCCGGCCCCGCCGAGUCCCGGGGCGCCGAGUCCCGAGGUGCCGAGUCCCGAGGUGCCAAGUCCCGGGGUGCCAAGUCCCUGCUGACGCACAGGUUCUACUGCGACGCGGCGGAGGAUAACGCCGGGGGCACGUCCGGGAUCCAGCGGUGGCUGGGCGUGGGUUGCCCGUUCAUCGUCGUGGAGCCCCCGUCGUCGUACUCGCGGUGCUUCUCCGGCGGUGACGAGACAGCCACCGUCGUGAGCGCGGUGAACAUCGCUCUGGUGAACACCGCCGCGCCCUCGUGCUGGGCCAUCGUGGCGCCCACCGGCGGACCCUCGCGCGGCGCGUUUCUGGGACGGGCCGGGGGUAUCACCAAGGACGCGGGGGGCUGGGGGAUGAAGAUUGAGACGGAUUCUCUCGCCGGCGUCGUCGCGGAGAAAGCCAGGGGGCGGUCGCUCGCUGGGCUCGCGAAGACGCUCGAGGAGACGCUCGAGCACGUGGACUGGGACAGGGCGACGCGGGAGCGCAUGGCGAAGGCGAGGGCGACGGCGAGGCUGACGUUCCCGACGAACAGGCGCUGGGCCGCGGAGCGCGCCAAGUAUGAAAAACGAAAGAAGAAGAGUUUGAAAACCGGAGUCGCGUUCGACGAGCGCCGUUCGCGCGGGACCGGUUGGGGCGACGGCGACGGCUGGGGUUUCUCGAGCGACGGCUCCGACACCGACUCCGACGAGGCGCGGCCCGGGGCGGCGUUCAUGGCGCUCGCGGGUGGGCAGCGAGUGCGGGGAUUUGGCAGGAAGGGGGCGAAUAGAGCGGCUGAGGACAAAAAGGGCGGGUCCGAGUCGGACGGUUCCGAUUUUGGCAUCACGCUGAACGAGUGGGACGACGAGGCGCCCUGGGCGCCGUGGGCCGCGCUGGACGAUCCGUGGGAGAGCGUCGAGCUGGACGCGUGCUGGGUGGACGCUCCGUUGGGCUCGCUCGUCGACCGCGAUUACAUCUACCUCGGCGGCUCCGGCUCCGAAGACGAAGAUUCCGACGAAGAACGCGGCCGCGAGCGAAGGGACGGGAAGGACCUGCUCGAACCCGAGAAGGCGCCGCUCUGGACCCUCAGGGCGGUCCCGACCGGCGCCUUCAGGGAGGACGGCAGCGGCGGCAUGGCCGGGGAGCUGAGCGCGGCGGCGAAGCGGUUCGAUAUCGGCGCGGGUAUCUUUUCCGAAUCGUCGCAAACGUCCAACUCCUUUUACGAUAAUAAGGGCGACGUCGACGGCAGAGACGACGGCCCGGGCGGCGUCGGCCUGGCCGAGAUGCUGUGGCUCUUCGCCAGCGCCGGCGGCGUGCGCGCGGCGCCCGGCGCGGACACGAUGUCCCGGCUGGCGUCGCCGGAGUAUUGGGACGAGGUCGGGUCGAGGUACGAUGCCGACGACGGAUUCGGCGUCGGGGUUCCGCCGCGCGUGCCCCCGGAGAGCGUGGUGCAGGACGUGCUUCGGGACGUGUUCGACACGGGAGGACCUAGGCGAGACGCGGGGCGAAGGGCGCCGGCGAAGAGUCCCGAGACGGGCGCCGAGGCGGACGCCGACGAGGCGGCGAACGACGCGAACGACGACGAAAAAUUUAGGAGGAGCGGGCCGGAGGCUCUGUUCCCCACGCCGCAGAAGAGCGCGCCGCCGGACAGUCUGCUCGCCAGGGUGGCGCUACACGCCAUGCAGUUCGGCAACGUUCGCGCGGUGGCGAUCCUGUGGCAGAGGUUCGUGCGCGAGGUUCGGUUCGCGCACUGGGACCGGGGCGUGCCCUUACCCCGAAUGGACGGCUCCUCCUCCGGCGAAACCGCGCCGGACAUACUCGCGUGCGCCAUGCACCAGAAGCUGCAGAUGAUCAACGCGUGCAUUCACAGGCGCAAAGCCAGGGCGGAGGCGGAGUUUGCCGAGAGCGGGGUUGCGAAGUUGGGCCCCACGCCGCUCGCGGGUUCCGUGAUGCAGUCGGCCAUUGUCUCGCAAGAUUCCGCGGGCGCGCAGGCUUGGGAGGACGCCACCGCCGACGGCUGGGGCGACGCCGAGGACGACGUCUGGAACGACGCCAACGCGAACGACGCGAAGGGUGGGAACGGGUGGGCGGACCCGGACGACGACAUCGACCUGACGUCGAUGCUCGGCGGCGCCAUCGCGGACAAGACGACGAGAACGGGCGCCGCCGAGGGUACGAAAACCGACGAAAAACAAAUCGACGAAAAACCCCCCGUUCGGCCCGAGGAGUCCGCCGGUGACGACGCACUGGACGAGACGAGAUCGGAGGAGUACGGGAGCGCGUCCGACGGCGAGACGGACGGCGGAUGGCGAUGGGACGACGGCGACGUGGACGGCGACCCCGACGCGCCGCCCGAGGGCGUCAAGGGGGAGAUGCCCGGCGGACUUCGGAUGCUCAAGCCGCCGCACCGGCUCAUGGCGGAACCGAUCGCGCAGCUCCCGCCGCUGUACACCGAGGACAUGAUGCGCGAGCGCGAGGCGGCGCUGUCCGCGUUGGGGGACACCGAGGACGGGCGGGCGAUCCGGCUCAAGAUGCAGUCGGACAUGCUGGUGUCCGACAUGUCCGCUUUCAAAGCGGCAAACCCGGGCUCGUGCCUGGCGGAUUUCGUCCGGUGGCACUCGCCUCGCGAUUGGAUCUCCGACGAGAACGGCGACGAGAGGGUUCGCAAAGGGUCGAAGUCCCCGCUCGCGCCCACCGGGUGCCUCUCCGAGCGCAUGCGCAACGAGGGGAACGCGUGGCGGACGCUGUGGCGCGACUCCCCGCGUCUCCCGGCGUCGAGACAAAAACCCCUCUUCGAUCCCAUCAAGGAGGGCGAGAAGGCGCUGCACCACCUGGAGCAGGCGCCGCCGCCGGAAAUUUUCGCCCAGCUGUGCGCGGCGGCGACGUCCGCGGUGGGAAACCUGUACGCCAGGGCCAAGGGCGCGACGCUGGCGCCGUGUCCGCGGUACCUGGCGAGAGCCGCCGACGUUGCUCGCUCUGUGUUUAACAACUCGCGAGGUUCUCCGGCGACGGAGAGCGAUUACGCCUCGCUCGCGGGCGAGCUCCAGCGCGCGGAGCGGUGCGUGGCGAGGGGCGAGGCGCUGCGGCACAGGCUGCCGGGAGUGAGCGCGAGGCUCCUAGAGGAGGUUCUGCGCGUCGCGGCGGCGGAUGAGGAGAGAAGGGACGAGCACAACGCGGCGGUGGCGGAAAAGAAGAAGCGGGCGGCUGCUGCUGCGGCUGCUGCGGCGGCGGCGGCGACCCGCGGCCCCGACGCACGCGCCGAGCACCCUCCGGUCGUUCGCGACGGCGGCGGCGGCGACGACGACGAGGAGGAGGGCCGCGCCGAGGACGAGGAGGCGCUGGAGAGGCUUCGUUCUCGGCCGGUUGAGGUUUCGGUUCUCGACGGGGAGCGCGACGCGCUCGCGAGGUUGCUCCCGCCGGAUCUGGAGCGCCGCGGCGCCCGGGCGGCGUCGUGCGCCGAGUACGCGGUGCGGUGCGGCGGCGGGGUGGAACAGAUUCAGAGGGCGCACGCGCUCGCGGCGCCGUGCUUCACCAGGAUGCAUUUGAGAUGCACUCGACUGCUCGAGCCACUCGUCAAUCUACUUUCUUCGCCUGUCGCCACUGUUACACGCGCCAUGGUCGCCACUGAAGCCCGCAAGGCUCGUCGCAUGGCGGCGGCUGCCGCCAAGGCUGCCGCGGAGGGCAAAACUCUCGACGCGAAAUCGCUCGCGAGCGCGCCCGUCAAGCCCGUCCCCGCGUCCGCCCCUCUCCAUGGCCAUCGACCCGCCGCGCAUCAAAAUCGCGCCGGCGCCGAGGCACCCUCUCGCGCCCCUCACGGGGCAUCGAAGGAGCCCAUCUUGAAGGGCAUCGGGACGAAAGCAGGGGGCAAGUACACCCCACCCGCGAUCCUUCGGGCCGUGGCCAACGCCGCGCGCAACAAGGAGGCGAGGGCCGGCGCGGGUUCCGGCGCCACCGCCACCGCCGCCGCCGUCGACGCGAGCAAUCCCAACAGGGCCGACUGGACGUGCGCCAAGUGCGGCAAGUCCAACUUCGCCAAGCGACUCGCGUGCUUCAAGUGCGCGUCGCCCAAGCCCGGGCGCGUGUUCACCGCGGCGGGGAUGAAGGGAUACGAGAAGCGACGCGCGAGGCGCGAGGCGAAGCGAGCCGCCUCCGAGGCGGAGGGCGUCAUCGGAUCCGACCCAUCGGAGGCGGGGCGGACUCAAUCGGCGGAAGACGCGACGUCGGCGCCGAGGAAGAUACGCUUUCGCGACGGCGACGAGGCGACAACGUCGAGCAUCGGACGCACGGGAACGGAAGGCGGGGCGGACGGCGGAAGGGACGGCGACGACGCGAACGGAGGCGACGGCGAGAAGGAAAAGAAGGAAAAGAAGGAAAAGAAGCGAAAGCGCGUGUCGAAGAAGGCGAGCGACGCCGGGAGGGCUCCGAAGCGCCUCCGCGACCCCGACGCGCACCUCGAGUACCUCGCGCGAUGGUCCGAGGCGACGCAGGAGAGGGGCGAUCGACCGCCCGAGGGGUUCAAACCCGCCAACGGGUGGAAACUUGACAAGAACGUGCAAAACUGGCUCAUUCACAACGCGUGCGACGAGUCGGAGGUUGACGACGACGCCUUCGCGAUGUUCCUGCUCUACGCGGCGGGUCUGCGAGGGGGACCGUUGGAGCGGAUGAGGGACGCGGCGGGGGAGGGUAACCGAGGCAAAGGGAUCGGCGCGGAGCGCGCGAGGAAGGUGCUGCGCGUUCUCGCAAACGUAGACUCGUGA